CUCAAACAAGUUGUGCAAAACAAAACAACAGAAAUUUCCAAUAGUGUUUUCUAUGUGUUUUCGCAAAUUUCCGCAUAUCUUAUUGUUUAAAAAAAGCUAAAAAAUUAAGCAUCACCAUUGCUAUCAUAGUUAUGGAUUAAAUUAUUGGCUAAUAUGAGUAUCCUAUCUGUGUUAAAACUUGUGAAAAUUAAUGCGAAGUAUCUGUUACCGUUUUUUUUAAUUGUCGGAAUUGUUAUUAAAAGUGUUAGCUCAAACUUGUAUGAUUCUCAAGUGAAAAACAGUCAAAUUAAUAAUGUUGGAAAUUUGCCUUAUUGUGACGAAAAUAUAAUUAAAGACAGAACUGCUAGCAAAACACAUUUGUAUGUAACGACGCUUGAUGGCCGAAUAUCAUCUCUCGAUUUAACGAAAGCUGGAACCCUUCAAUGGAGUGUACCAACGGAACCAGGCGAUUUAUUGUCAUCAUCAAUUCAUCGGCUUGAGUUAACAAACAAUGGAAAAUAUGUGCGUAUGAUUCCAUCUCUUAAUGGUGGCAUUUACAAGUUCGAUGGCGAAUCAAUUGAAGCCAUUCCAAUGACAGCUGAUGAUCUCUUGAAGUCAUCUUUUAAAUUUUCGGAAGACAUGGUCAUAUCAGGAGGUAAAGAAGUUCGUUUGUAUGGCAUCAAUACUCGAACAGGAAAUGUUAUUUAUGAAUGUUCAAUGAAUGAUUGCAAAAACCGCAAAAACCAUAGCGAUGUUGUUGAAGAAGAUCAAGAAUCAGAAGGCGAAUCACAAUUUAAUCCAUUGAUCGACGAUAUUCUUGUUGUAAAACGUCAGACUCAAACAGUUCGAGCAAUCGAACCAAGAACGGGUCUUGAACGAUGGAAUUUCUCAAUAGGCCACCAUGAGCUUGAUUUGCAUUCCAAUGAGAAUUGUCGAUCUCAAAAUAACGAAGGAGAACAAAAUCAAUUCAUUCAAGACAUUGAUUUACGUGUUAUUGUUCCAGACGGAAUCAUUUGUGGAUACAGCAAGAAAAAUCCGAAUGACAUUUUAUGGAGACAAAAGUUUGAUUCACCAAUUGUGAGCAUUUAUCGAAUGAACGACAACAAUCAACUAUACAGCGUUGAUCUUUUCAAGAAUAUCCAAUGGUUGUGGAAAGGAAAAGAUUUUAUUAAGCCAGAUAUCGAAACAAUGCCAUCGGUUUAUCUUGGAAUGUAUCAGCAACAACUUUACAUUCAAGAAUCAGAAGCUAUUGCAGCUUCGUAUAAAAGUUAUCAAUUAAGUCUUGAACAUAAUUUAAUACAUGAAGAGCAGCAUUUUCCGAAGAUUCCAUUUAAGCCUCUUCCAGCAAGUAACACGGCACUUGUAAAGUUUAUUAACACAGGAGAAGAAGAAAAUGAGAAUAAAGAAGACUCGAGAAUGACAAAGAAAGAUGAAGAACUUUAUGCUCAAUCUCUUUUAUAUGCGUCACAAUAUUCGGAAGGAAAAGGUUUCUUCUUUUUUACUGAGAAAGAUUUCAAUCAUUCAAUGCAAUGUCAUCCGACUAAACCAACCCGAAGCACAAAUAUCAACACAGAUGAACCACUUCCAAUAUUUAAUCAACAAGGAUCAUUGCAAAUAAAACAAACUUCGCUUUGGGAUUAUUGGAGAGAGAUAUCAGUGAUUGCAUUGACAACAGCGUUUGUUAUUAACGUGAUGUUGAAUAACCGAAGAAAUAAGAUCGACACAGGCGUUGUUUAUGUCGCUGUUCCUUAUGCUAAAGAUGCCAUUGAAUUUGAAGAAGAACAGAAGCAAAAGAAAAUUGAAAACGAAAUUCUUAUGCAUGAAAUUGAAUCAAAGAUUCGAAAUGCUUCUGAGUCAAGCAAUCCAGAAAAUGUUCCUUAUGAGUCAAGAUUUCUCACUGAUUUUGAUCUGGUGCAAUGUCUUGGGAAAGGUGGAUUUGGUGUCGUGUUUGAAGCGAAAAAUAAACUUGAUGAUUGUCGUUAUGCAAUUAAAAGAAUUCUUCUGCCAUCGAAGAUAGAGUCGAAAGAUCGAGUCUUGCGAGAAGUUAAAACUUUAGCACUUUGCGAACAUAAAAACAUCGUGAGAUAUUUUCAUACGUGGGUGGAAGAGCCACCGAAAGGUUGGCAAGAGCUUAAAGAUAAAGAACUUUUAUCACGAGACUUUCUUUCCACUUCAAUAACAAUUGAUUCACCAUCACCAACUGAAGAGUCGAAAGCUUUUCUGUCAGAAAGCUUGUUGAAAAAGAAUGCAAAUGAUUUCAGUGUUCAGACUGGUGACGGUAACUUAAUGCUGAUGAAUCUACAAAAACAUGACGAAUUUACAGAUUUCAGUAAAAGUGAUUUUACUAACUUCAAUAAGAAUACGCCGAAUGACGACGAUUCAACUUCUUUCAUUCAAUUUAAGGCUGAUACAAAUGACUCUAAUAAAGAGAAUGAAGACGAUUCCAACUCCGCUGAUGAAUCAUUUGAUAUCGAAUUCAAAGAACCUUCUCACGAAUCUAUCAGUGUUAAUAAUAAAAAGGAUGUGAUAACAAUUGAAGUUCCAAAUGAUGAAAGUAUUUCGCAAACAAAUCAAAUGUUGAGUAAAAGUCAUAGAAAUGAUUUGUCUUUGAAUCUUCAAUCAUUAAAUGCUCUGAAAAUUAAGAAAUUAAAUGUGAAUGUCGCAGCAUUACCUCCUCGGAAGAUAUAUCUUUACAUUCUAAUGCAGCUUUGUAUGAAGACGAGUUUAAAAGAUUGGCUUCGUGAAAACGACGUUACAAUGAGAAAUGGAAAAACGCUUGAGAUUUGGGGUCAAAUUAUUGAGGCUGUUCAUUAUGUUCAUCUCAAGGGACUCAUUCAUCGUGAUCUCAAGCCAAGCAAUAUUUUCUUUGCCUUAGACGGACAGAUUAAGAUUGGAGAUUUUGGGCUUGUGACAGAUAUGGCAGAGAUUCCUUUCGAUCCUCUCACAUCGUCAUCAUCGAAUUCAAAUUCAUCGACGCAAAUCUCUGAAUUUGAUCUAACAAGUAUAAGUCAAAAGAAGCAUACACAAAGGGUUGGAACGUCACUUUAUAUGAGUCCAGAACAAGCAAAAGGAUUGCCAUACAACUACAAAGUCGACAUCUUUUCACUUGGUUUAAUUCUUUUCGAGCUACUCAACUUCUUCCACACUGAAUCUGAGCGUUAUAAAGUUCUGGAAAAUAUUCGCAAGAACAUUUACCCAACGGAGUUCACACAAACUUUCAAAGCCGAAUUUGAUCUUUUGAAAAUGAUGCUUUCGAAAAAUCCUGUUGAACGUCCAACAACAUAUGGCAUUGCUUACAGACCACCACUAAACAAAACUGAUGGCAAUGAAAAUUGGCAUUUUGAGCUUCCGACAAGACGAAAGGAAUCGUCAACUAGUUUAAGUACAAACAAAUAAGAUUUUGUAAGAUGGCCAAAUUGUCUAAACGAUCCCAAUAAGAAUUAAAUUAAUUAUAGUCUUGUAGUGUUACUGGAGAGUCCUUCUUUGUAAUUUAUGAAAAUAUUUUAUUAGAAAGCUUCAAAAUCGUGAUUAAAUAUGACUAAGAGAUAAACUUUUCACACACAAACACACACACACAUCAACUAGUUUUUCUGUGUAAGAUGGAAAAUUUUCUACCUUGUAAUUUUGUUAAUUAUAUCCUGCUGUAUUAUGUCUGAUAUAUUUUUUAAGAAUAAAUAUUUACUUAAAAAGAAGAAUAAUAAAGAGAGAAAAAUUUUCAACGAUUUUA